GUAGCAGCUGCUUGUGAUAGGAAAUGUUCUUAGGUCAUUUCCGUCUUCUGAGCGGUCUGUCAGCCAUUGUUCGUCAGUUUGCCGGGUUGGGAAAAGAACUAACAAGAGUUGAUAUCGAUUUACUAGUGGAAAGGAUAAUUGUACGUUGCAAAUAGAGGACUAGGGGACCAGAAAUGUAUACCGCAGCAUAUACGAGCCAAACGAGUUACAGGUCAAGGGGUAGUAGAGAUUUCAGUAAUCGAAAUUCUGGUACAACAGCAUAUUGGAAUGGUCAACAACAACAACAACAACAACAAAUACAACAACAACACCAAUCACAAAAGGAAUUCAAUCCUAAAACCCAAACUAAACAGAACCCAAAUCAAAAGAAAAUACCAGGAGAUUUAUUAAAGAAACCUAAUUGGGACUUAGCAGCUUUACCAGUAAUAACAAAAAAUCUGUAUAUUCCACAUGUUAAUAUUUUAAAACGAACAUCAGAAGAGAUCAAUAAGUACCAUACUGGAAAAGAGAUUACUGUUAAAGGAAAUAAUACUCCUCCACCAAUACAAGCUUUUGAAGAAAGUAAUUUCCCAGAUUAUGUUAUGGAAGAAAUAAAGAAACAAGGAUUUGCUGAACCUACUGCUAUUCAAGCUCAAGGAUGGCCAAUUGCAUUAAGUGGUCGUGAUAUGGUUGGAAUUGCUCAAACUGGUUCAGGCAAAACUUUGGCGUAUAUUCUUCCUGCAACUGUUCAUAUUAACAAUCAACCUCGAUUAAGUCGUGGUGAAGGUCCAAUCGUCUUAGUUCUUGCUCCUACCCGAGAAUUGGCACAACAAAUUCAAUCAGUAGCAAAAGAUUUCGGCUCUUCAUCCUGCAUUCGAAAUACGUGCAUUUUCGGAGGAUCUCCAAAAGGACCACAAGCAAGGGAUCUCGAAAGAGGCGUUGAAAUUUGUAUUGCAACACCUGGAAGGCUUAUUGACUUUUUGGAAAAGGGAACUACAAAUUUACGAAGAUGCACAUACCUUGUCCUAGAUGAGGCUGACAGAAUGUUAGACAUGGGAUUUGAGCCACAAAUUCGAAAGAUUAUCGAACAAAUUAGACCAGAUCGUCAAGUUCUGAUGUGGUCGGCGACAUGGCCCAAAGAAGUACAAGCUCUAGCAGAAGAUUUUCUCACGGAUUAUAUUCAGAUUAAUAUUGGUUCGUUGACUUUAGCCGCAAACCAUAAUAUUAGACAGAUAAUUGAAAUAUGUCAGGAACAUGAAAAAGAAUCAAAACUGUCGAAUUUAUUGAGAGAAAUCAGUGGUGAACGUGGAAGUAAAGUCAUUAUUUUUGUUGAAACUAAAAAGAAAGUAGAUGAUAUCACAAAGUCCAUUAAGCGAGAAGGUUGGUCAGCUAUCUCCAUUCACGGUGACAAGUCACAACCUGAACGAGAUUAUGUAUUAUCUGAAUUUAGAAAUGGAAAAACUAUGAUCUUAGUUGCAACUGAUGUAGCUGCACGUGGCUUGGAUGUAGAAGAUGUCAAGUAUGUUAUUAAUUUUGAUUAUCCGAAUAGUUCAGAGGAUUAUAUUCAUAGAAUAGGUCGUACUGGUCGAUGCCAAAGUGCAGGAACUGCUUAUGCUUAUUUCACUUCGAAUAAUGCAAGACAAGCUAAAGAAUUAAUAUCUGUUCUGGAAGAGGCUGGUCAAGUAAUAAACCCUCAAUUAGCAGAUAUGGCUAAUUCUAUAAGAAAUCAAUUUGGAAAGGGUAGACAGCGUUGGAGUUAUGGUCGCUUUAGCAAGGAUAAUAAUUCAGGAGGAAGUCCUAGAAAUAACACUAGCCCUACCAUUACAAGUUGGCAAAAUAAUCAACAGCAAAAUAGUCAACAACAGAUUGUUAGAAAUCCACAAAGAAUCAACAUGCAACAACARCAAAAUGAUUAUCAGACCAAUCGUCAAAAUAAUUACCAGCCAGCUGUCUACCAACAACAUCAACAUCAUCAACAACAAAAUCAGCAGUCCUUACAUCAACAGCAACAACAACAGCAACAACAACAGCAGCAACAACAACAGCAGCAGCAGCAGCUACAGAAUCAUCAACAACAGCAACAACAACAGCAACAACGUCAACAAAAUAACAAUUAUCAUCAAAACGGAUAUUCAUCUAGUAGUGCUUGUCAAUCAUACCAAAAUUGUAAUCGAUAUCAAGUCAGACCAAAUAAUGGUUAUCAAGGAAGUCGAUAUAAUGCUAGACAAAAUGGAUAUUCAAAUGGCCAAAAUAACCAAAAUGUUUAUUCAAUACCACCAGCAUUUAUUAUGCCAUCAGGUGGACCUACUGAGUCUGGAAUACAAAGUCUUGUCAACAACAAGUUCUUUCAAACUAACCGUCCACCACCAAAUACAGGAGCUUGUGCUUAUCAAUCAAUGGGAUACGGGCAGUUCCAAGCCGUGCCGCCAUAUGGUUAUCCUUAUCCACCAACACAGGUACAGCAGUGAUGCAUUAAAUGGAAAUCAGCAGCCAUUCAAGCUAAGUAAAGUAAUUUCUCUAUUAUUCAUUUCUAUUUCCCAAA